AUAACACAAAGCCCCAAUCACAAUUAAACAGUUCCUCAAUUGCCUGAAAAAAUUUCAUAAUCAAAAGAGUGUUCCUUCAAGAAAAAAAGUUUCAUUCUUUCAACAGAUCUGAAGAGGGUAAACUGAAAUUCGAUUUCAUCCGCCAUUUUUUCAGGCGAAAUAAACAAAGGUGAGAUCAAAGAGUAAAAAUGGCGCAUAGGGUAGAACAGGAUUACGAUUAUUUGUUUAAGAUCGUGUUGAUUGGUGAUUCUGGUGUUGGGAAAUCAAACAUCUUGUCUAGGUUCACAAGGAAUGAGUUUUGUUUGGAAUCUAAGUCCACUAUUGGUGUUGAAUUCGCCACCAGAACUCUUCAGGUUGAAGGAAAGACUGUUAAGGCCCAGAUCUGGGACACUGCAGGUCAAGAGCGGUACAGAGCUAUCACAAGCGCUUAUUACAGAGGUGCUGUAGGUGCACUUCUUGUCUAUGACAUUACCAAAAGACAAACCUUUGACAAUGUCCUGAGGUGGCUACGGGAACUAAGAGACCAUGCGGAUUCCAACAUAGUGAUCAUGAUGGCUGGCAACAAAGCUGAUCUAAACCACUUGAGAUCAGUUGCUGAGGAAGAUGGACAGACUCUAGCUGAGACAGAAGGUCUCUCUUUCUUGGAGACAUCUGCUCUUGAAGCCACCAAUGUUGAGAAAGCAUUUCAAACUGUGUUAGCAGAGAUUUACCACAUCAUCAGCAAAAAAGCUUUGGCUGCUCAAGAAGCAGCAGCUGCUAAUUCUGCGAUUCCGGGGCAAGGAACAACGAUUAACGUUGAUGACACAUCUGGAGCUGGCAAAAGAGAUAAUUGCGUUGUGGUUGGAUCGUGGUGGUUUGGAAUGGCGCAACAAGGGCAGGGAAGCAUGGACCCUGCCGUUCUCGAUGAUAUCAUUCGUCGUUUGUUGGAUUACAGAAACCCUAAGCCUGGUACCAAGCAGGUUAUGCUCACCGAGUCUGAGAUCCGACAGCUUUGCAUCGUCUCUAGAGAGAUUUUCCUUCAACAGCCUAACCUCCUUGAGCUCGAAGCUCCUAUCAAGAUCUGCGGUGAUAUUCAUGGACAAUACUCUGAUCUAUUGAGGCUGUUUGAGUAUGGAGGCUUCCCACCUACAGCUAACUAUUUAUUCUUAGGAGAUUACGUCGACCGCGGCAAGCAGAGUUUGGAGACUAUUUGUCUUCUGCUUGCCUACAAAAUCAAAUACCCCGAGAACUUUUUUCUUCUUAGAGGAAACCACGAAUGUGCUUCUAUUAACAGAAUCUAUGGAUUCUAUGAUGAAUGUAAACGUCGAUUCAGUGUGAGACUCUGGAAAGUGUUUACAGAUUCUUUUAACUGUCUCCCCGUCGCUGCUGUUAUAGACGAUAAGAUAUUAUGUAUGCACGGUGGGCUUUCUCCCGAUUUGACCAAUGUGGAACAGAUUAAGAACAUUAAGCGACCUACCGAUGUUCCAGACUCUGGUUUGCUCUGUGAUCUGCUUUGGUCUGAUCCAAGCAAAGAUGUCAAAGGUUGGGGGAUGAAUGACCGUGGAGUCUCUUACACGUUUGGGCCUGACAAAGUCGCCGAAUUUCUAAUAAAAAAUGAUAUGGAUCUAAUCUGCCGUGCCCAUCAGGUUGUAGAGGAUGGGUAUGAGUUUUUCGCCGAUAGACAGCUUGUUACAAUAUUUUCUGCUCCCAACUACUGCGGUGAAUUUGACAAUGCUGGUGCUAUGAUGAGUGUUGAUGAAAGUUUAAUGUGCUCUUUCCAAAUUCUUAAGCCUGCUGAUCGAAGGCCCCGGUUCUUAUGAAGUAAAGAGUUAAAACCUCGCGGGAAAGAAGAGGAAAAAGGCGAUACGAAAGCGGGAGAGACAUUUGAAGCUCCCUGAGACUUUGUCCGGAGGCCUUGCAAAGGCAAAAAAAAACAUAAUUUACUUGUUAUAUCAUCUUAUUUGAACUCUUGCCGUUUCUUUUCUCACAACACUUUAUGUUCUUAUGAUCUUCUUCUUCUCUGACUCUAUAUAGACAGUAAAAAAAAGUCUGCAAA